AUGGGUUGGUCACCUGGUAAAGGGCUUGGAAUGAAUGAGAAUGGAUCACAGGAAUGUAUCAAGCUUUCUCAUAAAUUAGAUAAUCUCGGAAUUGGUGCCUCCAAGAAAACAAUUGAUAAUUGGUUAGAUAACUCGAAUGCAUUCAAUGAAUUAUUAAAAGGAUUAAACCAACAAACUCAAGACGAUGUUAAUAAUAUCGCAGAAAAUAUUGAGCAAAAUAAUAAUAAUGACCUUGAGUUAGAUCUUGACUCGAUUAAGAAUAAGAAGAAUAUCAAUAUGGAUCUUUCCAAGUCGGAAAUCACAAAUGAGUCGAAAAUCACAAAUGAGUCAAAUUCCAAUAUACGUCUCGCUCAUCGUGCAAAAUAUCUUAAAAGUAAAAAGGCUGCUGUACAAGAUUCUGAACGAUUGAAGGAAAUUUUGGGCGUAAAAACUAGGUCUAAUGUUACGAAGAUCGAAUCCAUUUCUGAUUUUAAGAAUAGUUUCAACCAAGACGACUCUGAAAGUGUUGUAACCAAUCCAAAUAAUUCCAAUAAAAAUGAAAAAGACCAUUUUUCCGAUGUUAAUGCAAAAUACUUUGAAAAUGAAAGCGAUGAUGAACGGCCUUGCUUUAACAUGGACGAUUUAAAUUUAAACAAUAAAGGUUCUAUUUACACCAAAGAAGGCAAAGAACGAGAAACCGGUGUCAAUCUUAAUUGUGAUCCUGGAUCUAACAAUUAUUGCAAAUCAACA